CAAGCAGGCGGGACGCCAUUUGCUGCGGCCGAGCGUCGGUGAAGGCGGAUCUCGGAAGACGUCCGUCGCCAGACUCCCGCAGACGCGACCUGGUCUCUCGCAGCCAGUUCGUGUCACCCUAUCUCACGCGUCUCCCUUCGGAGGAGUCGCCGCCACCACUCGGAGAGAAGUCGGGGACGCCUCAAGUGCGUCGUCACCGCCAUGCCUAAGAAUAAAGGUAAAGGAGGUAAAAACAGACGCAGAGGCAAGAAUGAGAAUGAAUCUGAAAAGAGAGAGCUGGUGUUCAAAGAAGAUGGGCAAGAGUAUGCCCAAGUAAUCAAAAUGUUGGGAAAUGGAAGAUUGGAAGCGAUGUGUUUCGAUGGUGUUAAGAGAUUGUGCCACAUCAGAGGGAAACUGAGAAAGAAGGUCUGGAUAAAUACCUCAGACAUUAUAUUGGUUGGUCUACGGGACUACCAGGAUAAUAAAGCUGAUGUAAUCUUAAAAUACAAUGCAGAUGAGGCUAGAAGUCUGAAGGCAUAUGGCGAGCUUCCAGAACAUGCUAAAAUCAAUGAAACUGAUACAUUUGGUCCUGGAGAUGAUGAUGAAAUCCAGUUUGAUGACAUCGGAGAUGAUGAUGAAGACAUUGAUGAUAUCUAAAGUGAACUCAGCCUCGCACAUUCCAGUUUUCUCUGAAGAUUGUUCAACAGUUUGGAUGUUAACUGUGACUCAUUAAAAUAAAAGUUUCAUUAGCAGCAAAA